CACUACUUCACCGUAUACCGUAAGAAUGAGUACCGAAUCCUUGACCCAGAGAUGGUUGCGACAGAACGUCAGCUCAUAUCCUCAGAAAGAUCGCGUCCUGCUUGACUUUGAUGCUGCUCUCGUUCGUUUCUCAACUCUACGUCCAAAAUCAGACGUGUACACCUACGACGAUGGUCGCACUCAGCUGCUACUAUGUCUACAUGGGGUCCUACCCAUAUCCUUUCGCGGAGCUUCGUACAAUAUCCCCAUCGCUGUAUGGGUCACACAAGAGUACCCCCGCCAGCCCCCAAUAGUAUAUGUUGUUCCAACCCAAGACAUGCUCGUUAGACCGAGUAAACAUAUUGAUGUGAGUGGUAGAUGUAAAGUUGAAUAUAUCCAACACUGGGAAAAGAAGAGCGAGGCAUGUAAUCUAUCAGCUUUACUCGAAGCAAUGCAGCAAGAGUUCUCCCGUGGUCCCCCAGUCUAUGCCAGACCAAAGCCACCUACUGUUCCCUCGCCUUUGCCUUCGCAGAGCUCUGGCCAGUCACUGUCACCACCUUCAUCUCCUCCUACCCUAGGCAAUGAUCGGCCAGCGCUUCCACCAAAGCCCGGUUCAUCUCCAUCGUCACUAUUGCCACCGAAGCCUGCAAUAGCGGCUUCGCUUCCAUCCCCUCAAUAUGCUUCUACAGCGAAUUUGCUCAAUCGGCCACCGCCGGCUCUACCCUCGGCACAAUCACCCCAAAUCCCAGGUCCUCCAACUUACAGCCGCCCUUCAAACUAUCAGCACACGGUCAGAAACACCAAUGACGGCACUAUGAUGCGACCACCUGUAGUACCUCCACGCGAUCCCGCUCAGCCACCGGAUCUUGAUAGCCGCUGGUCCGCACCAGUCGCUGGUCCAGCCAUAUCAAGUCAAUUCAAUCAAUCACGCGCCCGAAACACGCCAUCACCUCCGGUCACUUCACAGCAUCCUCAUGGGCCGCCGCCACGCCCACCCAAUUUAUGGCACAGGCCGACUGUAUCUACUAGUAGUAUUACCGCUCCGAACCUCUUAGAUGAGGAGACGUCACUUCCUGUGCCACAGCUUCCCACGAUAGCACCGCCACGCCCACCAAACCCAGAGUUGCUCCGCUUGCACGCCCAAGUACAUGACAAGAUCGCUUCGGAGCUUGCUUCUCUGUCUCAGGUCAUGCUUCUGGAUGCCGAACGUCUGCGAGCGCAGCAAACGGACCUUCUUGCCGGAGAACCUGCCAUCCGGGAUGAGAUGGCGCGUUUAGAAGCCGUUCGAGACGUUUGUAGUAAUGUUUCUAACAGACUGCGGAAUACUGUUGAUCAAGGGGAGCGCAACAUCGCUGAAUUGCGAAGGAAGGGAGAUCCCGAAGUUGAUGAGUUGAUUUGCUCCACGAGCAUCGUACAUAACCAGCUCAUCAACUUGGUCGCGGAAGACAAUGCCAUAGAAGAUACUAUCUAUCAUCUACAUAGGGCUUUGAAUACCGGGCGCAUUGAUCUAGAACGUUUUUUGAGGAGUACCCGUGUACUCGCGGAAGAACAGUUCACAAAGAGGGCACUGAUGGAAAAGAUCCAGCUGGGCAUUCCAAUGGGAACGUCUAUAGUCUACAGCUAAUUCCAGUAUUAAUAAGGUCGCAUACUACUAGAAGUUGAUGAGGCUUCUAUAGGGUGCUCGAUAGCGUACUUGCCUUAUUCGUGCUGUUCGAGACCCUUUUGAUUGAUCUUUAGCUAAUCUGAGGUCAAAAAUUGGUGUUGGGUUCA